AACCGGGCCGAUUUGAGAGAGUGGUUCAGAACGACAGCGAUAGAGCGAGUGACAGUACAGGCGAAUCGGGGUCUUUCAAACUUUCGAUUACUCACUGAGAAUGAUACACAUUUUGCAGGGAACUGCACACCAGCUGCACGCAGCAAGUGGCUUCCCUGCGUAGUGUUCAUUAUCUAUCCGUAGAGUAGCCUAUUUAAUGUGGAUUAGCAGAAAGCAAUUGAAAUAGAAUCACUUCCAUUUAAAAACGCCAUGCGUAUAGAAUAUAAUUGAUAUUCAAGAAACAGGUGCCCAAAGAGGCAAGGAAACCUCCCACAGGUUUUACAAGUGUACUUUUUUUCCUUUGAUUUCUGCAUGACACUGUUGGAGCUCAAAAUGACAACGGCGAUGGACACGAACAACAACAAUACAGGUGGUGUGAUCUCAUACAUUGGAUCUUGCAGUGGCUCCCCGAACCGCACAAGCCCUGUGUCCAUGUACAGUGAGAAUUCCAAUAGCAGCCUGCAGUCGCUGACACAGCCAUGCUUUGGCUCAUCCUUCCCACCGUCUCCCAAUGGUUCCACGGACUCGGCGCGUAUGUACACCAGCAGCAGCAGCAGCUCCAGCUCCGGGUCUGGAGAAGAUGGAAGUUCCUCAAGCUCUGGAGGAUCACCGAGAGGUCGCGAUGAAGGAAGCAGCUCAUGUUCCUCUCCAAACAAAUCAGUUGUCAGCCUAACUAAGCUGAAUGGGAUGGUGCUGCUAUGUAAAGUCUGUGGAGAUGUCGCCUCAGGUUUUCACUAUGGUGUCCAUGCCUGUGAAGGCUGUAAGGGAUUCUUCCGCCGAAGCAUCCAACAGAACAUCCAGUACAAAAAGUGCCUGAAGAAUGAGACUUGCACCAUUAUGAGGAUCAAUCGCAACCGCUGCCAACAGUGCCGCUUCAAGAAGUGUCUGUCUGUGGGCAUGUCCCGUGAUGCUGUGCGUUUUGGACGGAUCCCAAAGCGUGAGAAGCAACGUAUGCUGGCUGAAAUGCAGAGUGCCAUGAACAACAUGGUCAACAAUCAACUGCAGAGUGAAUUCCAGCUAGCUAGCCUAAAAUCCACUACCUCAUCUUCGACUUCUUCCUCUUCCUCCUCCCCUUGUCCUGGCUUGACGGUGGCCCCUCAGCCUCAGCCUCCUGCUUUGCCCCUUGCCCCAUCUCCUUCCCCACCCGCCCCUGCUUCCCCACCAACCCAAUCAGUCCAGAGUCCACCUCUGAUUGCCAGCUCUCCGCCACUGUGCUCUAGCCCUGGCACAGACCACACCAUCACUGCCAUAACCCGGGCACACCGUGAAACCUUUGUCUAUGCUCAUGACAAGCUGGUUCCAGCGUUGCGACCAGACAACGCCGCAGAGCUGGACAACUGGGGGAGCAACCAUCGCUCGGCCGGCUACCAUCUCAAUCACCACAAUACCGUCUACCAUCAUGACAACAACACAGCUCUGCAACGCAACAACUUUGAGUCCUCCCCAGACAACGCUCAUAACGUUCCAACCCACGCUACAGCCAGCCAGCACCAACAGGGACUCCCGCAUCAGAACAACUGCCCCCGGCUGCACAACAGCAACUUGAUUGCUGGCCACCAGGGUCAAGAGAUUACCGGUGCCCCUCAAGGUCAAAACUGUCCAUGGAAGAGUCGUAAAGACAUUUUGCUGGCUUGCCCAAUGAACAUGUGCCCUCAAGCAGAUCCCAACAAGUCACCACAAGAGAUCUGGGAAGAUUUCUCACUCAGCUUCACACCAGCAGUGCGUGAAGUGGUGGAGUUUGCCAAACACAUACCAGGGUUCAGUGCAUUAUCCCAAAAUGACCAAGUCACCUUGCUGAAAGCUGGAACCUUUGAGGUCCUGAUGGUGCGCUUUGCCUCUCUCUUCAAUGUGAAGGAACAGACUGUCACCUUCAUCUCUGGCACCACAUACAGCCUUGAAGCCUUGCGCAGCAUGGGCAUGGGUGACCUGCUUGGUGCCAUGUUUGACUUCAGUGAGAAACUCAGUAUGCUUGAACUGUCAGCAGAGGAGCUGGGUCUCUUCACUGCAGUAGUGCUGGUGUCUGCAGAUCGCUCUGGAAUUGAGAAUGUGAAUUCGGUGGAGAUGCUCCAAGAGAACCUAAUAAGGGCCCUGCGCACACUUGUCAGCAAGAGUGCCCCUGGAGAUGCCUCCCGUUUCACCAAACUGCUGCUCAAACUGCCAGACCUGCGCACUCUUAACAACAUGCACUCCGAGAAGCUGCUCUCAUUCCGCAUUGACGCGUGAGAGCUCUAGCUAAGCUGCCUAACAUAAUGAGUGCUGCCUAUCUUUGUUAUUCUGAAGCUAGAAUGGGUUGCGUGGAUGACACUGUGUGAUUCGAACAAGGGUACCUUCCAAACGACACUCACCAAACAUAAUGGACAUCUGAUGCCUGGAAGGUCAAAUGACAUUAGCAAAAAGACUGGCACUGACCAUGCAUUUGUAGAGACACAACAGCAUCAGAUGGAACUGAGGAAGGCAAGAAAAAAAAAAAAAAAAGGCCAGUUAUCCACAAGACUAUGGGGAUUGUUCAGUUGUUGGGGUGGCUAGCGCACUUACCUCUUAUCAAUUGCCGCUCAAGCUAACAGACCAGGUUCAAUAACAAAUUCCCAAAGGGGCAGCACACUGUACCUCUCUCCUUGUGCUAAAGGGACACAUAUACCCAACUGAUGUGGGACGAAAUACCUCCAAUCAUUUGGUGGUAAGCCAUAGGGCACAGAUGCAAACGGCCUCAAUCACUGAAAAACAUAGAGCAAAGGGGCCAUAGGGCAGAUCAAGGGGGAAAAGAGGAAGAAAAAAAAAAAGAGGCAGAGUUCAGAGUUCUUUCCAACCCAGUCACAUCUGGGUCCCUCCAAGAGGCUGCUAUACACACUCAGAGUUCAUCUGGUCACUAUUUGACAACCGACAAAUGCAAAUAAACAUCACAUUUUGUGGGGGUACUCCACAUCUGUAAAACAACUUUCUUUGUUAAAAAAAAAAAAGUGUAAAUAUGCGUAAAUCUAUAAAUACUUGAAAUGUUUUAAAAAUGUAUAAUAUAUCCAUUUCUUUUUUUUUUUUGUAAAGAUGAAUGCUUGAUGCAAUGCUAUAUUAUGGGCACAAAUGUAUAGGACGUUCAGAUUGAGUGUAUACAUAUAAUAGAACAAUAUCCAGACAUGUAUUUCAGAUGUGUUUUUGCAACAUAAAGGCAUUUUGCGGAA